AUGACAGGACGAACGCCGAAUUUUAUUUUUGCUGGUCUUUUCAUAGUUACGUUUCUUCUCGGCUUUUUUUAUAUGUCAUGUUCAUCAAAAUCGAAUGAACUUCAACGAACAUUAGAAGACUUUGAAGAACGUGUGCGAACAUUAACACUAAAAAAUGAAGGCAAACAACAAGAAGUCGAAGCAAAUAGUGCUCUUAUACGUGACCUUGAAAACAAAAAUGCGGAUUUUCGAAAGGACGUGGAAGAAAAAGAUUCAGAAUUAAAUAAUCUCAAUGUGCAAUUAAAUGAAAAACUAGUCGAAAUUCAAAAUUUAGCGUCACUUAAAAAUGACCUUGAUAAUCAAUUGAAAGAAGCAAAAGACGCAGCUAAUUCAGUUGCUUCGAAAGAAUCCACCAUUGAGAAGUUACAAAAGGAAUUAGAUGAACAAAAAAAAAGUAAUGAGGAACAAAUGAAUAACUUGCAAGAAACGAUUAAAAAUUAUAGAAAUCAAGUAAAUCAAUCACAAGAUAAUCAAGGCAAAUCUAUUGUAGUUUCCAAUCGAACUGCUGAUCAAUCAUUAGUAUCAUCCAACGAAACGAUUAAUCAAGAACUAAAUAACUCAGAUCUGCAUCAACGUCUACAACGAUCACUUAACAAUUCAUUAUUUGACAAUGAAACUCUCAACGAUACUGGUAACAAUAAUAAUCUACAACUCGAUACAAGAAACGCUCAAAAAUCUAUAAAUAUUACUUCGAUUUCUCUUUCAAACGAAAUCAAAAUCUCUAAUAAUCAAUCUCAGUUGGCAGAAGAUAAUGAUAAGAAUCUCUUAAAACAUAAUGCAGUUGAGAACCCUCGUGAAAAACAGGCUAUGAUAGGUAACAUGACUAUGACGAAGAUGCUAAAUUCUGAUAUCAUAGCUCUACUACUGUUAGCAUCAAGUUUUCAAAUUGCACAUAUUGCAACAAUUCCAUGCAAUAAAUCUAAUAUCAUCCAUUCAGUACAAGAUGAUAACGUAAACAUAACGUUCCUAUCGACUGAUGUAAUAAGAUUGAAUAGAUCAGUUCUAUGUACAUCGAAUUCUUCAUUCGAAUUCAUUAAUGGUCCUGAAUAUCAUUGUAUGAGACUAGGCUAUGGGCGAUAUGGUCAAAUAUUUAUUCAAAUACAAAAUGAUAAUGGCGUUGUUGAUAACUGUUCAAUAACAUAUGUGACAAAAUUACAUGUAGCAAAUUUAGCACAUAUAAAUGCAAUUGCUGAUAGAGUUCGUUUAAUUGUUUCGCGUCCAUUAGGAUCUUUCGAUUAUGUUAUUAUUCAUUGUCCGGAUGAUAAAUCGCAUAUAAUAUUCAAUACUAGUUUACCAUCCAAUGAUCUUAUGAUGAGUGCUCACUGUUCAUUUUUACUCAAUAUGCCACUUAUGAGUUUUGUAAUCGAAACUGUUAAGAAAGAUUUUGAUUCCACGAUUAAUCAUAUUAUUCAAGAAGUUCCUUUACCCGUGCCAUUUACAUGUUCGCUCGAUUCACUGUUACUUACUAUUAUAGCGAAUCCAGCACCGACAAUCAAUCUUGCUAGUAGAUAUGAAUUUAAUUUAAUAUUUCAUGAUAAAGAUAAUGACCGUAUUACCUACGAAAGAGUGAACAUACUUGAUCUAAAGCUUUAUUCUAAUACAACAUUGAAAUAUGGUCUUACACCUAAUCUGAAACAUAAAAUUAGUUUUGAUCAUAUUGCUGAUUCAAUAGGUUCAGCACAUUCAAAUUUAACAAUAACGCCAAUAUCAAAUGUUUCAUAUCCAUAUGAAGUAGUAAAUUUUAGUGUAGAUGAGCAAUUUCAUAAGAUUGUGCUUAGUUGGACUGAUACUCAUUCACGGUAUGAUCCAAUUGAGUUUAUUGUUUCAUGUAAUUCAAGUCAGAAGUCGAGCAUAAACAUUGGAAGAAAAACAGUCUAUACCUGUGAGCAAAUGACAUUCCACGAAACAGAUAUUGUUUCUGUUCAAACAAAAGUAGCUAUUCCUGGUUAUACACAUGACCGAACAGCUGUUGUACAAAUCAAUGUCAAACAAGUACCAGAAAUACCACUCUUUGAAGUUUUCAAUAAAACAGAAAAUGAUAUUACAAUACGAUGGAGCUAUAAUAGUAGUUCAUUGAUGUCGAACUCAUUUAAAUAUAAAAUUCAAUGUGAUUUAUAUGAAGAUUCCAGCGACAUUGAUAUUCAUUUAAAUCAAUAUCAAUGUCAGUCGCUUGAAGAUGGUUCGCUUUAUGUCAUAACUAUGCAUUUAAUAAGUGUUAAUAAUACUAUUAAACGGUCAAGCAGCAUUCAUGCGGCCACAUUGCUGCAAAAAUGUCGACCAAAAAAUCAUUUCUUUAUUUCUGAGAUUGAUGGCACUAUUUCAAUUGUAAUCGAAUGGAUUCCUCCAAAACAUAAUUUUGAAAAGAUAAUCAUAUAUUGUCCAUCAACAAUUAUGACUUAUGAAAACCAUCAAGUAGUGUCGCUCAUGUAUGUUAAAUGUAAAGUUAAACAUGGGUUCCCACUUCAAGUGUCAUUUGUUACUGUCAAAAGUGGUUUUGAAGACGCAAUAUUCAAAUUUACAGAUACUGCACCAUCAGUCUUUGGCUCUACAACAACGCCGCCGGUGUUUGACUCUACAACAACCCCGCCGGUCUUUGGCUCUACAACAACACCGUCGGUCUUUGAAAGUACAACAGCAACACCACCAGCCUUUGGAUCUACAACAACAACUCAAUCAGUCUUUGAAAGUACAACAAUAAGAACAACGACAAUCUUUGGAACUACAAAGACAACGUCUUCACGGUCAACAACAACAGCAGCUUCAACGAUUUUAACGACGUCAGCUGGGACAGUAUCUUUCACUACUGUUCGAAAUAUUACUACAGAUCCGAUAGUCAAACCAGAAGAGGAGCUAACUAAAUGGCGGACAGCAGCGAUCAUUGCUUUUAUUGUAAUCGGAUUUUUACUUCUGGCUACUAUUGCUCUGACUACUUUCUCUGUUUUUGCAGCUUUUCGAAAGAGAUGA